AUGGCGACUGCUAGCGUCACAUCCGUCGAUCUCACCGGCCUCAAGAAGAUCGGCCAGGGCAAGGUUCGCGAUGUCUUCGAGGUCGACGACAAGACGCUCCUCUUCGUCGCCUCCGACCGCGUCUCGGCUUUUGAUGUCGUCAUGAAGAACGGCAUCCCUGACAAGGGCGCCAUCCUCACCCACGCCUCUGCCCACUGGUUCAAGGUUCUCACCGACCGAGUCCCGGGCCUCAAGACCCACUUCAUCACCCUCGACCCCCCGGCCGGCCUGCCCGCCGCCGACGCCGCUCUCAUCAAGAACCGCGCCAUGCAGGUCCGCCGCCUCAAGGUCAUUCCCCUCGAGGCCAUCGUCCGCGGCUACCUCACCGGCUCCGCCUGGAAUGAAUACAAGUCAAAGGGCACCGUCCACGGCAUCCCCGUCCCCGCCGGAAUGCAACAAUCCCAAGCCUUCGCCACGCCCCUCUACACCCCCUCCACAAAGGCAGAACAAGGCGAGCACGACGAGAACAUCCACCCGGACGAGGCCGUCAAGCUCGUCGGAGCCAAGUACGCCAACCGCGUCGAGGAGCUCGCCCUCCAGCUCUACGCCGCAGCGCGCGACUACGCCGCCGAGCGCGGCAUCAUCCUCGCCGACACCAAGUUCGAAUUCGGCGUCGACCCGGACACGGACGAGGUCGUGCUCGUGGACGAGGUGCUCACGCCCGACAGCAGUCGGUACUGGCCUGCUGCCGGGUAUGCCGUCGGUCGCGAUCAGGAGAGCUUUGAUAAGCAGUUUAUUCGCAACUGGUUGAUUGAGCAGGGGCUUAAGGGGAAGGAGGGUGUUGCGCUGCCGGAGGAUGUGUGCAAGGCUACGGCGGAGAAGUAUAAGGAUGUGUUUGUCAAGUUGGUGGGGAAGAGCUUUGAUGAGGUUAUUGCGUGA